AUGUCGUCCAGGAAGAAGCAGGCUGACGAUGAGCGGUUCCGCCGGGUCCAGAAGGACCCCAGGUUCUGGGAAAUGCCAGAGAAAGAACACAAAGUCAAGAUCGACAAACGUUUCCAGUCCAUGUUCCACGACCGUCGCUUCCAGACGAAGCAGACGGUGGACAAGAGACGACCCGUCCAGCUGUCCACCGCCGCCGAUCUGAGGCGCUUCUACCAGCUGGAGGAGGAGGAAGAGGAAGAAGAGGAGGAAGAGAAGGAGGAGGAAGAGGAAGAAGAAAAGGAGGAGGAAGAGGACAAGGGGGAGGGGGAGGAAGAGAAGGAGGAGGAAGAGAAGCAGGAGGAAGAGGAAGAAGAGGAGGAAGAGAAGGAGGAGGAAGAGAAGGAGGAGGAAGAGAAGCAGGAGGAAGAGGAGGAUGUUCAGGUCCAGGGACAGAAGAAGAAGAAUUUUGGACGAGGAAGCAGAGCAGCAGAUGACGAUGAGGAGGAGCAUCAGUCAGGAGAUGAUGAUGAUGAUGAUGAUGAUGAUGAAGAGUCCAGUCUGGACUCUGACGAUGACAGCGGACCAGAUCUGGCCCGAGGAAAAGGAAACAUGGAGACCAGCUCUGAUGAAGACGAGGAUGAUGAUGUGGACGACAUCCUGAGGAAGGAGGAAGAGCAGAUCGAACACGAUUGGGGGGAGCUGUGCAGAGACGCUCCGCGGAGCGAGCAGGUUUCUGCUCGGCUCGCCGUCUGUAACAUGGACUGGGAUCGAAUGAAGGCCAAAGAUCUGCUGGCUCUGUUCAGCUCCUUCGUGCCUAAAGGGGGCGCUGUGCUGUCUGUGAAGAUUUUCCCGUCAGAAUUUGGGAAGGAGAGGCUGAAGGUGGAGGAGACGCAGGGACCGCCAGAGCUGAGGGCGCUGCCGGACGAUUCGGAGAACGAGACGGACGAAGACAGGAUCUACAGGGAGAAGCUGCGGGAUUAUCAGUUCAAGCGUCUCAAGUAUUUCUACGCCGUGGUGGAUUGCGACUCUGUGGAGACGGCGGUGAAGAUCUACGAGGAAUGCGACGGCUUCGAAUACGAGAGCAGCUGCUCGGUUCUGGAUCUCCGUUUUGUUCCUGAUGACGUGACGUUUGAUGAGGAGCCAGACGCGGCCACAGACGUCAACCUGACGGCCUACACGCCCAAGAUGUUCACCUCGUCCGCUGCCGCCUCCUCCAAGGUGCAGCUGACGUGGGACGAGACGGACCACGAGCGCGUGACGGCUCUGAGCAUGAAGUUCAACAAAGAGGAGCUGCUGGACCUGGACUUUAAGGCUUACCUGGCCUCCUCCAGUGAAGAAGACGAAGAUGAAGAGCAGGAGGCAGAAGAGACGAUGGGAGAGGAGGAGAAACCGAAGAAGAAGAGAAGCGAGGAGCAGAUGAGUAAAUACAGAGAGCUUCUGAAGAGCAUCCAGAGCAAAGAGAGGAGGCCGCAGGAGGACAUGGAGAUGCAGAUCAGCUGGGUUCCAGGUCUGAAGGAAACGACGGAGCGGCUGGUGAAGAAGAAGCUGGAGGCCAAGGACCAGAUGACGCCCUGGGAGGAGUUUCUGCAGAAGAGGAAGGAGAAGAAGAAGCAGAAGAAAAGUGAAAGAAAGCAGGGAGCAGAACGGCUCAGUGACGACGAGCUUCCUCCUGAUGUCGACCUCAGCGACCCGUUCUUCUCAGACGGACCAUCAGACAUGAAGAAGAAACAGAAACGGCAGGAAGAGCAGAUUACGGCUGAGGAGGAAGAGGAGCGGCAGAAACAGGAGGCCCAGAUGGCUCUGCUGAUGGAGGAUGACGAUGACGAAGCCAAACACAAACACUUUAACUACGACAAGAUCGUAGAGCAGCAGAACCUGAGCAGGAGGAAGAGGAAGAAGCUGCUGAGGAAGGGUGCCGAGCCGCCGGAGGACGACGGCUUCCAGGUGGACGUCUCCGACCCGCGCUUCCAGGCCGUCUUCACCUCCCACCUGUUCAACCUGGACCCGUCCCACCCCGGCUUCAGGAACACCAGAGCCACACGGAGCAUCCUGGAGGAGACAGCGCCGCCGCCAGGAGGGGCGGAGCCAGGCGGCAGGCAGGAGGGGGCGGAGCCAGGCGGCAGGCAGGAGGGGGCGGAGCCAGGCGGCAGGCAGGAGGGGGCGGAGCCAGGCGGCAGGCAGGAGGGGGCGGAGCCAGGCGGCAGGCAGGAAUCGGACUCAAAGGCGGCGAUGGAUCCGACUCUGUCGCUGCUCGUUAAAUCCAUUAAGAGCAAAACGGAGCGAUUCCAGGCCCGAAAGAAACAGAGAGUGACCUGAUUCCUCCUGAAGACGGACCCACUUCCUGGUUCUGAUUGGCCCGGUUCUGAUACAUGUUAAUGUGUUACUAUGAAGUCUUUUUGCUAUUAAAAAAUGAAACAUCUGAA